AUGGAUAAAGGAAAGACCAACAUCCAGCGAGACUGGGAACAGCGGGAGUUCAUCGAGGAUGUCACGGUUAACAUAAAGAAGGUCACCGAAUUUUUGAACCGCUUUGACAUUUCGACACGGUACAAGCUGGCGCGCAUCAACGAGAAGCUUUCGAAGCUGGAGAGGCAGAUGGACUACCUUGAGGCAGCCCUCAAAACCGUUUCCGGAGGCGGCGACGGCGGUGCUGCCGCCGAGUAA